GAGUGUGAGUGUGUUAGUGGAGUGUGUGGGACUGUGUGGCGUAUAAAGUGUAGAGACCGGUUGAGCUCUCAGCAACCGGUGGUAGCAGAGCCACACAGCGCCAAGCACCAGUGCCAGCUGGCUCUGAAACACAUAUCUGCCUUCCCUGCUACCAGCACCGCCACUCGCGAUAGUUUCCAACCCUCGUCUGUGCUGUUGUAGCGGCCGCGUAGACUGCAUUCUGAAGCACACCUGAGCCUACGGCACGCUGUGGCACUGUGUGCUAGUGUUGUGAGAGACUUUGGCACUCUGGCAGCAAUUAUGGGCCGACACAGCAGCAGCAGUGUGAGCCAGGGCUCUGCUCUUGUCUUGGUACUCUUAGCAGCCACUGCUUCGGCUAUUGAUAUCAGUCGUUUACCAGGACACCGUCACUACACCAAGAGAUCAGGUGAGGUUGGGUCAAGACUUAACGGACCUUACCUGCUCUACUUGUUAAACAACCCAGACAACAUGCAUGCAGCCUAUGGUGGGUACGGCUACAAGCACCAUGACUACAGUCACCAGGCACCAGCUGAGCGGGAGUGUAUGGCAUACGAGCCAUUCAGGUGUCCAGGUGGACAGGUGUGCAUCUCCAUCCAGUACCUCUGUGACGGUGCACCUGAUUGUCCUGAUGGCUAUGAUGAGAACCCCAAGCUGUGUACUGCAGCCAAGCGACCUCCUGUGGAAGAAACUGCUUCCUUCCUGCAGUCGCUGUUGGCGUCCCAUGGUCCCAACUACCUGGAGAAGCUGUUCGGCAGCAAGGCUCGCAAUGCCCUGCAACCCCUGGGAGGUGUUGAGGCUGUGGCUGUAGCUUUGUCAGAAUCACAGACCAUUGACAGCUUUGGGGACACCCUCCACCUGAUGAGGUCUGACGUAGAGCAUCUUCGAUCCGUCUUCAUGGCAGUGGAGAAUGGAGACAUUGGUAUGCUCAAGUCUCUGGGCAUCAAGGAUUCAGAACUGGGUGAUGUCAAGUUCUUCCUUGAGAAGUUGGUCAACACUGGCUUCCUUGACUGAGAAGUUCAAGUUAUAAGUCCAGCAGAGCAAGGAGGAGCUAUGGAAGGAUGAAGUGCUGCUGUGACAAGAUUGAAAUACAAAAAAAAAAACUGAAGGCAGGAUAGAAUGAUAAAUAUGAAAAUGGAAGCUCUUUAUAAGAUAGCAAAAAUAAAAAUACAGAAAUAGCACAGAAGUUGAAGCAUUAAUGCAAAGGAGAGAGGUAGUACAUAUUGUUUAGAAAAUUUAGACUACAUAGUAUUGGACACAAUGUUACAUGGGAAGAGGCUGUUGACAUGACUGGAGGAGCAAAGAUUAGACAGUUACUGAGCAGGCAGAGAAUAAGAAUAUUUUUCCAACCAUUUCUCAAUCACCAAGAAAAUUAUUCUAUUGAGAGUGUUAUAUAAAGGGAGACCUGUUGGUCUUUAGACUAGUAACUCUGCAGCAGCAGGUGACCUUCACACAUUAGCCUCACUGCUAAUUCCCAAUAUGUUACAACCAAUGUACUGUUAUUGUUUGAAUUCUAUAUCAUAGAUAAAUCCACAAGUAGACUUAAUUAUCCUUAAGCUGAUGUAUAGCAUGUAGACCUAUCUUAUAGCCUUAUUAGGUAUAUUUUUGUGAAUAUGUAAUAUCUUUGUUCUGUCAGCAUCCAUUAAAUUUAUCUAGGAAUUUCUCAAAAUAUUUUCUGUGAUAAGUGUUUGAGAGAACAACUGUUUUGUAAACAGAAGAUAAACUCUCAUCUAUGAAGGUUUCAGAAGCUCUGAGCCCAAAAAUACUCUUUUUUUUUUUUUGACCUUUGUAUUGCACAUACACUUUUACUUGUUAAUUAUUUUUUAAUUUAUUAUUGUCAAAAUUUCAUUUGAUUGUUUUUCACUAGAUGUUGGACUACUGCACUUUGAACUUCGACGCCUCGUAACAGAUGUAUGACAAAAUAUAUACUCAGUGUAGUUCAUUUA